CGGGGAGGGCCGGGCCGGGGGCACGGAGCUCGUCACGCGGCGCCACCGUCACAGCACCAGCAGCAGCCAGCGAGCAGCAUCAGUUCCAGGCUCGGGGACCCUCUCCGGUGCCAGUGCCCAUGCGGGGCCGCAGCCAGUGACGCCGGAGAGGUGACUCUGCCCUCUCUGGGGCAAGUGCAGCGGCUGAAUUACCAACCAACGCCACAGAAAUGGCUGGGGCUUCUGUGAAGGUGGCGGUCCGCGUCCGCCCCUUCAAUUCCCGGGAAAUGAGCCGUGACUCCAAGUGCAUCAUCCAGAUGUCAGGAAGCACCACCACUAUUGUUAACCCCAAACAGCCCAAGGAGACACCCAAGAGCUUCAGCUUUGACUACUCCUACUGGUCUCAUACCUCGCCCGAGGACAUCAACUAUGCCUCUCAGAAGCAGGUGUACAGGGACAUUGGAGAAGAGAUGCUCCAGCAUGCCUUCGAGGGCUACAAUGUGUGCAUCUUUGCCUAUGGGCAGACAGGGGCGGGCAAGUCCUACACCAUGAUGGGGAAGCAAGAGAAGGACCAACAAGGCAUCAUCCCACAGCUCUGUGAAGACCUCUUCUCUCGCAUCAAUGACACGACCAAUGACAACAUGUCCUACUCCGUGGAGGUCAGCUACAUGGAGAUUUACUGUGAGCGGGUCCGUGACCUCCUGAACCCCAAGAACAAAGGCAACCUGCGUGUGAGGGAACACCCUCUGCUGGGGCCCUAUGUGGAAGACCUCUCCAAACUGGCUGUAACCUCCUACAAUGACAUCCAGGACCUCAUGGACUCAGGGAACAAGGCUAGGACUGUGGCGGCCACAAACAUGAAUGAGACCAGCAGCCGUUCCCACGCUGUCUUCAACAUCAUCUUCACCCAGAAGCGCCAUGAUGCAGAGACCAACAUUACCACAGAGAAAGUGAGCAAAAUCAGCCUUGUGGACCUGGCUGGCAGUGAACGAGCUGAUUCCACCGGAGCCAAGGGCACACGACUCAAGGAGGGAGCCAACAUCAACAAGUCUUUGACCACCCUGGGAAAGGUCAUCUCUGCCCUGGCUGAAAUGGACUCUGGACCCAACAAGAACAAGAAAAAAAAGAAAACAGAUUUCAUCCCUUACCGAGACUCCGUAUUGACCUGGCUUCUCCGGGAAAACCUGGGUGGUAACUCAAGGACAGCCAUGGUGGCGGCCCUGAGCCCUGCAGACAUCAACUAUGAUGAGACCCUCAGCACACUGAGAUAUGCAGACCGGGCCAAACAGAUCCGCUGUAACGCCAUUAUCAAUGAAGACCCCAAUAAUAAGCUGAUUCGAGAGCUGAAGGAUGAAGUGACCAGGCUGCGAGACCUGCUGUACGCCCAAGGUCUUGGCGAUAUCACUGACAUGACCAAUGCCCUGGUGGGCAUGAGCCCCUCAUCUUCACUCUCAGCCCUGUCCAGCCGUGCGGCCUCUGUGUCCAGUCUCCAUGAGCGCAUCCUGUUUGCUCCAGGCAGUGAGGAGGCUAUUGAAAGGCUGAAGGAAACAGAGAAGAUCAUCGCUGAACUCAAUGAGACCUGGGAGGAGAAGCUGAGGCGGACAGAAGCCAUCCGGAUGGAGAGGGAAGCCUUGCUGGCUGAGAUGGGUGUGGCCAUGAGGGAAGAUGGUGGCACCUUGGGUGUGUUUUCUCCCAAAAAGACACCUCAUCUUGUCAACCUGAACGAGGAUCCGCUGAUGUCUGAGUGCCUCCUCUACUACAUCAAAGAUGGAGUCACCAGAGUGGGCAGAGAAGAUGCAGAGAGGCGGCAAGACAUCGUCCUGAGUGGGCACUUCAUCAAGGAGGAGCAUUGUAUCUUCCGGAGCGACUCCCGGGGAGGUGGAGAAGCCGUGGUGACCCUGGAGCCCUGUGAAGGAGCUGACACGUAUGUCAAUGGCAAGAAAGUCACUGAGCCCAGCAUCCUGCGGUCAGGAAACCGCAUCAUCAUGGGUAAGAGCCACGUGUUCCGGUUUAACCACCCCGAGCAGGCCCGCCAAGAGCGUGAGCGAACACCCUGUGCUGAGACACCUGCUGAGCCAGUGGACUGGGCCUUCGCCCAGCGUGAGCUGCUGGAAAAACAGGGCAUCGACAUGAAGCAGGAGAUGGAGCAGAGGCUCCAGGAGCUGGAAGACCAGUACCGGCGGGAACGGGAGGAGGCCACGUACCUGCUGGAGCAGCAGAGGCUGGACUAUGAGAGUAAGCUGGAGGCCCUCCAGAAGCAGAUGGAUUCCAGGUACUACCCAGAGGUGAAUGAGGAGGAGGAAGAACCAGAGGAUGAAGUCCAGUGGACAGAGCGGGAGUGUGAGCUGGCACUGUGGGCCUUUCGGAAAUGGAAGUGGUACCAGUUCACUUCUCUACGGGACCUGCUGUGGGGCAAUGCCAUCUUCCUGAAGGAGGCCAAUGCCAUCAGUGUGGAGCUAAAGAAGAAGGUCCAGUUCCAGUUCGUCCUCCUCACGGACACCCUCUACUCCCCGCUGCCGCCAGACCUACUGCCCCCAGAAGCUGCCAAAGACCGAGAGACACGGCCCUUCCCCCGGACCAUCGUGGCCGUGGAGGUCCAGGACCAGAAGAACGGGGCCACCCACUACUGGACGCUGGAGAAACUCAGGCAACGCCUGGACCUGAUGCGGGAGAUGUAUGACAGGGCCGCAGAGGUGCCCUCCAGCGUCGUUGAGGACUGUGACAACGUGGUGACUGGCGGGGACCCCUUCUAUGACCGCUUCCCCUGGUUCCGGCUGGUGGGCAGUUCAGUCAUCUCUGGCUGCAACAGCUACCCUCUUCUCAACACAUGCAUGAGCGAGCGCAUGGCUGCUCUCACCCCCUCCCCCACCUUCUCAAGCCCCGACUCCGACACCACCGAGCCUGCCGAGGAGCAGAGCGUGGGGGAGGAGGAGGAGGAGGAGGAGGAGGAGGAGGAGGAGGAGGACCUGGAGGACGACGUCUUUCCGGAGCACACGCUGUGCGACGGCCGGGACCCGUUUUACGACCGGCCCCCCCUGUUCAGUUUAGUAGGAAGGGCCUUCGUGUACCUGAGCAACCUGCUGUACCCUGUGCCCCUGGUGCACCGUGUGGCCAUCGUCAGCGAAAAGGGAGAGGUGAAAGGCUUCCUCCGUGUGGCGGUGCAGGCGAUCUCAGCUGACGAAGAGGCUCCGGAUUAUGGCUCAGGUGUCCGUCAGUCAGGGACUGCUAAAAUCUCCUUUGAUGACCAGCAUUUUGAAAAGUUUCAGUCUGAGUCCUGCCCUGUGGUGGGGAUGUCCCGCUCAGGGACCUCCCAGGAGGAGCUGCGCAUUGUAGAAGGCCAGGGUCAGGGUGCUGACUCCGGGCCUUCAGCUGACGAGGUCAACAACAACACCUGCUCAGCUGUGCCUCCUGAAGGCCUCCUAGACAGCCCUGAGAAGUCUGCCCUGGAUGGGCCCCUGGACACGGCCCUGGACCACCUCCGUCUAGGCAGCACCUUCACCUUCCGCGUGACAGUCCUGCAAGCAUCCAGCAUCUCUGCUGAAUAUGCCGACAUCUUCUGCCAGUUCAACUUUAUCCACCGCCACGAUGAGGCCUUCUCCACUGAGCCCCUGAAGAACACUGGCAGGGGACCCCCUCUUGGCUUCUACCAUGUCCAAAAUAUUGCGGUAGAGGUGACCAAGUCCUUCAUCGAGUACAUCAAGAGCCAGCCUAUUGUGUUUGAGGUCUUCGGCCACUACCAGCAGCACCCAUUCCCACCUCUUUGCAAGGAUGUGCUCAGCCCCCUGAGGCCCUCACGUCGCCACUUCCCCCGGGUCAUGCCGCUAUCGAAGCCAGUGCCUGCCACUAAGCUCAGCACCAUGACGCGGCCUUCCCCAGGUCCCUGCCAUUGCAAGUACGACCUGCUGGUCUACUUCGAGAUCUGCGAGCUGGAGGCCAAUGGCGAUUACAUCCCUGCUGUGGUAGACCACCGUGGAGGGAUGCCGUGCAUGGGGACCUUCCUCCUCCACCAGGGCAUCCAGAGACGGAUAACUGUGACGCUGUUGCAUGAGACGGGAAGCCACAUCCGCUGGAAGGAAGUGCGAGAGCUGGUUGUGGGUCGCAUCCGAAACACUCCAGAAACUGACGAAUCUCUGAUUGACCCCAACAUCUUGUCCCUCAACAUCCUCUCCUCGGGAUAUGUCCACCCAGCCCAGGAUGACCGGCAGUUUCUUGAUUCGGACAUACCUAGGACCUUCUACCAGUUUGAAGCAGCCUGGGACAGCUCCAUGCAUAACUCUCUCCUCCUGAAUCGUGUCACCCCUUACCGGGAGAAAAUCUACAUGACCCUCUCUGCCUACAUUGAGUGGAAGCACAUCAACCGUGUGACCGGUGUGUAUGAGCUCAGCCUUUGCCAUGUGGCCGACGCAGGUAGCCCAGGGAUGCAGCGCCGGCGCCGGCGCGUGCUGGACACGUCAGUGGCCUAUGUCCGGGGUGAGGAGAACCUGGCUGGCUGGAGGCCUCGGAGUGACAGCCUGAUCCUGGACCAUCAGUGGGAGCUGGAGAAACUGAGCCUCCUACAGGAGGUGGAGAAGACGCGGCACUACUUGCUCCUACGGGAGAAGCUGGAGACCACCCAGCGGCCUGGCCCCGAGGCGCUGUCCCCAGCCUCCAGCGAGGACUCUGAGUCCCGCAGCUCCUCAGGUGCCUCCUCCCCACUGUCCGCUGAGGGUCAGCCAUCGCCUCUGGAGGCCCCCAAUGAGAGGCAGAGGGAGCUGGCCGUCAAGUGCUUACGACUCCUCAUGCACACGUUCAACAGAGAGUACACCCACAGCCACGUCUGUAUCAGUGCCAGCGAGAGCAAGCUCUCUGAGAUGUCUGUCACCCUGAUGCGGGACCCAUCCAUGUCCCCUCUGGGUGCAGCUACGCUCACCCCCUCCUCCACUUGCCCCUCUCUGAUUGAAGGACGCUAUGGUGCCACCGACGUGAGGACCCCCCAGCCCUGCUCCCGGCCCGCCAGCCCAGAGCCGGAGCUCCUGCCGGAACUUGACUCCAAGAAGACUCCCUCCCCUACUGGAGCAGCAGAGGCAGACAAGGAGCCCCAGCGCCUGCUGGUCCCCGACAUCCAAGAGAUCCGAGUCAGCCCAAUCGUCUCCAAGAAGGGGUACUUGCACUUCCUGGAACCGCACACGGCUGGCUGGGCCAAGCGCUUCGUGGUGGUGCGGCGCCCCUACGCCUACAUGUACAACAGCGACAAGGACACCGUAGAGAGAUUUGUGCUCAACCUCUCCACUGCCCAGGUGGAGUACAGCGAGGACCAGCAGGCCAUGCUCAAGACACCCAACACCUUCGCUGUGUGCACGGAGCACCGAGGCAUCCUGCUGCAGGCCAACAGUGACAAGGACAUGCACGACUGGCUGUAUGCCUUCAACCCGCUCCUGGCUGGGACCAUUCGGUCCAAGCUCUCCCGGAGGAGAUCUGCGCAGAUGCGGGUCUGAGCCGAAGCCUUCCGGACAUCCAGUGGCCCAGACCACUCCCCUGUCCUUCUCAUCUGUCCCUGUCAUCUGCCACUCAGCCCUUCCCCCACCAGGGGACACCUGUGCUGGGCCCAGCAACCCCACCUCUGGCGGGAGGCCUAUGCCACAUGACGAAUUGUGCCCCCAGAGGUUGUGUGUGUUGUUGUUUCUUCCAAAAUUGCUCUGGUGGGAAGUUCGGAAUGCCAGGAAGGUCAGAGGGCACAAGACCCAGGGUAUUGCCGCUGUUCUAAUAUUUUUUUAAGCAUAGACAGACUUAUAAUUAAUAUACAUUAGUUAGUGGCGUUGAAGCAGUCCUCUGAGACAUUAACUAUAAGACUGUGUUCUGUUUAUAAGUAUU